AUGGACCAGGGGGCCGGCACCGGCCAGCAGCCGGCUCGCGGCCGCCUCGGCGCGCCAUCCUCAGGGACGCGGGCCCCGGGGACGCCCUGGGCACGCUUCUCGGCCUGGCUGGAGUGCGUGUGCGUGGUCACCUUCGACCUGGAGCUGGGCCAGGCACUGGAGCUGGUGUACCCCAGCGACUUCCAGCUCACGGACAAGGAGAAAAGCAGCAUCUGCUACCUGUCCUUUCCUGACUCCCACUCAGGCUGCCUCGGGGACACGCAGUUCAGCUUUCGCAUCCGUCAGUGUGGAGGGCAGAGGCGCCCCGGGCACAUGGGUGAGAAGCGCGGCGACAGUGGGGCCCCCGCGUCUCUGCAGAGGGAGCCUGCACACUUCUUUGGCUACGUGUACUUCAGGCAGGUGAAGGACAGUUCCAUGAAGCGGGGCUACUUCCAGAAGUCGCUGGUGCUGCUGUCCCGCCUGCCCUUCGUCCGGCUGUUCCAGGCACUGCUGGGCCUGGUGGCCCCUGAGUUCUUCGACAAGCUGGCGCCCUGCCUGGAAGCAGUCUGCAACGAGAUCGACCAGUGGCCGGCACCUGCGCCGGGGCAGAUCCUGAACCUGCCCAUCAUGGGAGUCGUCCUCCAGGUGCACAUCCCACUGAGAGCGGACACGCCUGAGCCCGGGCCUCCGAAGCAGAGCAGCCACGAGACCCUGCUGCCGGCCCCGGUGGUCCUCCCCAGCGUCCACGAGCUGGACCUGUUCAGGUGCUUCCGGCCCGUGCUGGCCCACGUGCAGCUGCUGUGGGAGCUGAUGCUCCUCGGGGAGCCCCUGCUGGUCCUGGCGCCCUCGCCUGCUGUGUCCUCAGAGAUGGUCCUGGCAUUGACCAGCUGCCUGCAGCCCCUCAAGUUCUGCUGCGAUUACCGCCCCUACUUCACCAUCCACGACAGCGAGUUCAAGGAGUUCACCACGCGCACGCAAGCCCCACCAAACGUGGUCCUGGGAGUCACAAACCCUUUCUUUAUCAAAACACUCCAGCAUUGGCCCCACAUUCUCCGAGUCGGGGAGCCCAAGAUGUCAGGGGACCUUCCCAAGCAGGUCAAACUGAAAAAGCCCUCGAGGCUGAAGACCCUGGACACCAAGCCAGGCCUCUACACCGCGUACACGGCCCACCUCCACCGAGACAAGGCCCUGCUCAGACGGCUGCUGAAGGGCCUGCAGAAGAAGCGGCCGUCUGAUGUGCAGACGGCAGUGCUGAGGCGGCACCUCCUGGAGCUCACUCAGAGCUUUAUCAUCCCUCUGGAGCACUACAUGGCCAGCCUCAUGCCGCUGCAGAAGGGCAUCGUGCCCUGGAAGACUCCGCCCCAGAUCCGCCCCUUCUGCCAGGAUGAAUUCCUGCAGGGCCUGGAGCGCGCGGGGCCCCAGCUCACCUGUGUCCUCAAGGGCGACUGGCUGGGUCUCUACAGGCGGUUUUUCAAGUCCCCCCAUUUUGACGGGUGGUACCGGCAGCGUCACAGGGAGAUGACCCAGAAGCUGGAGGUCCUUCACCUCGAGGCCAUCUGUGAGGCGAACAUCGAGAUCUGGAUGAAGGACAAGUCCGAGGUGGAGGUCGUGGAUCUGAUCCUGAAACUUCGGGAGAGACUGGUUCGGGCACAGGGCCACCAGCUGCCCGUGAAGGAGGCAACACUGACGCGGGCACGGCUGUACAUCGACACGGCCAUCGGCUCUCUGCCCAAGGACCUGCAGGCCGUCCUGUGCCCUCCCUAG